AUGAGAAGCUUUCGAAUGCCAGAAAAGCAUCAGCGACUCAGCUGCCAAAGGGAAAGGAUUUCAAAGGUGUGGCACCCCCCUACAGUUGCCAAAGGGACUGCGGCUCAGAAUUCACAGGCAAAAUUGCCUUCUAAGACUAAGUCGUUCAGCGAGAAGCAGGUCCCGGCGGUAAAGCAAUCCGGAAAGUCGAAAGCAGCAACAUCUGAAUCCCUCAUAAAAAAGACAACAUUGAAACCCUUGAAGAAAGCACCUAUUGCUGAAGCUGAUAGAGAUGGGCAAUCUUCCUCGUAUCCUUACUAUGACAGAAGUCCCACUAAAAGUGAUGGUAAACCUCGUAAGGCAGGGGCACUUCCAAAUUAUGGCUUUAGCUUCAAGUGUGACGAACGAGCGGAGAAAAGGAGGGAGUUCUAUACCAAACUUGAGGAAAAGAUCAAUGCAAAGGAAGAAGAAAAAAAUAACAUUCAAGGCAAGUCUAAGGAAAGCCAAGAAGCCGAGCUUAGGCAGCUGAGGAAGAGUUUGAACUUUAAGGCAAAACCAAUGCCUACCUUCUAUCAGGAGCCUACCCCAAGAAGGACUGCUGAGUUGAAGAAGGUAAUCUAUGCUUUCAUUUCUCACUGCCUUAUCAUUUCGAUUGCCAGUAGCGAGCUGCAUCUCUCAAAUUGCGUGCACAAGUGUUGUUAA